UAUACAUCCUCUUCGAACAAUCAAUGGUGAGGUAUUUGAAUCACGUUGACUUCAAUGUAUUUUAUCUCUCUCUUCUGUUACUUAUUCAAUCCAAAUCAGUAACCUCUUCUAAUGAUACAAUUAGUACGGGAUUAUUAUCAUCAUCAUUUUCGUCCCGAUCAACAGUUAAAUACUUACCUGGAUUUUCAGGACCGCUUCCUUUCUAUCUUGAAACAGGGUAUAUCGGUGUUAGUGAUGAAGAUUCGCCGACUAAUAACAAUGAUGGCGCUGAAGAUAUUGAGCUGUUCUAUUAUUUUGUGAAAUCAGAAAGGAAGCCUGAAGAAGAUCCCCUUCUAUUCUGGUUCACUGGUGGUCCGCGUUGCUCUAGUCUCAGUGGGUUGUUUUUUGAGAUAGGUCCUUUAAACAUGGACAUAGAUGGAUUUGAUGGUGGGUUGCCAAAAUUGGUGGUGAACAAUGACUCAUGGACAAAGGUUGCCAACAUAAUCUUCCCUGACGCCCCCGUUUACACUGGAUUCUCCUACUCAAAGUCUUCACCCAAUUUAUAUGUCGGAGACAAAAAGUCAUCGCAGAGCAUCUACGAAUUUAUCAUUAAGUGGUUAAUUGGGCAUCCGGAAUUUAAAUCCAACCCUCUUUACAUAGGUGGUGAUUCAUAUUCAGGCAUCAUUGUACCCAUGGUAGUACAAUGUUUAAUAAAUGAUAUUGAAACACGGAAGUAUCCAUUCCUUCAGCUGAAGGGUUACUUACUCGGGAAUCCAGUCACCGACAAACAAUUGGAAACUAAUGCAAAGGUACCAUAUGCUUAUGGCAUGGGCCUUUUAUCAUACGAACUCUAUGAGUCAAUGAAGGAGAACUGCAAGGGAAAGUAUUUAAAUUUUAAUCUAGACAACGUAAAUUGCACCAAGGAUCGUCAAAAAUUCCAAGAGUGCUUGGAGAAUAUUAAUUUAGCACAUGUUUCGGAAGAGAAAUAUUGCGGUCAGUUUAGACCUGUUGAUAAUAGAAGAUCCCUUUCAGCAGUCGUCGGAGAAGUUUUCACCUCACCGGAGCCCGAGCUUCCUACUCCGGGGUGCAGGAGUGAAAAUCAAAAUCUUGUAUCUGGGUAUUGGGCAAAUGAUGAUCGUGUUCAAGAGGCUCUCCAUGUAAAAAAGGAAACAGUAAAGAAAUGGAUUAGGUGCAACUUCACCGUACCUUACAAAGUAGACAUUCUUAGUAGCGUGGAAUAUCAUCAAAAUAUAAACACCAGAUUUGGUUAUAGAUCACUCAUAUACAGUGGCGAUCAUGAUUUCUUGGUGCCACAUGUUUCAACAGAAGCAUGGAUACGAUCACUGAAUAUAUCCAUUAUUGAAGAUUGGCGCCCAUGGCUCCUGGAUGAUCAGUUUGCCGGAUAUACAACAACAUACUCGAGCGGUCUGACAUAUGCGACUGUGAAGGGAGCAGGUCACACAGCUCCAGAGUACAGACCUAAAGAGAGUUAUGCCAUGUUUGAGAGGUGGAUUUCACAUGCUCCUUUAUAAGUGUGGCGACUAAUGACAAAUUAUUGUUGGCAAUGAAUAGAACCAACGGGCAGAGACUCACAGCUAUUAGCUAUAAUUAUUGAUGUGUAUUCAUUUCUACAACUCUUUCCAAAUACGUAAAAACAUAAUCGAUUAUUCUCGU